CACAAAAUCUAAGUCGCAGUAUGUCUAUAUGUUUUGCCUGUGGCUUCUUAUUAUUCUCAGCAACUUAAACUUUUUCCAUGGCUUCAUCUACUUCUUCAACUCUUUCUGUCCAAACAAGCAUACAACCUUCUUCCUCCAGCAGUAAUUACAUAUUUCAGUCUCUCCCUCCCACCUCAACUCUUCAUUUCCCAUCUUCUUGUAAUAAUAAUUUGAACAACAAAAGAAGUCUUUCGGUAACCACCACUACAUUCUCUGAGCAAAAAUGGAGAACUAGGGUUUCGUUCUUUCCUUCUUUCAUGAAAAGUGGGAAAGAUAGUAAAACAAUCAAGGAGGAACUUCUUGAAGCUAUUGCUCCGCUUGACCGAGGAGCUGAAGCUACUCCUGAAGACCAAGAACGAAUUGAUAAGAUUGCUCGUGAUCUAGAAAAAGUGAACUCAGUAAAAGAGCCACUGAAAUCUGAUCUACUGAAUGGAAAAUGGGAACUUAUUUAUACAACUUCAGCAUCAAUUCUCCAAACUCAGAGACCCAAGUUGCUAAGAUCGAGAGCGAAUUACCAGGCAAUUAAUGCUGAUAUACUGAGGGCCCAGAAUAUGGAAUCUUGGCCAUUCUUCAAUCAGGUGACAGCAGACUUGACUCCUUUGAAUUCGAGAAAAGUAGCUGUUCAAUUCGAUCAAUUCAAAAUACUGGGUUUGAUACCUGUUAAAGCACCAGGAAGAGCUCGUGGUGAAUUGGAAAUCACAUAUUUAGAUGAGGAGUUAAGAGUUUCAAGAGGUGACAAAGGAAACUUGUUCAUUCUGAAAAUGAUAGAUCCAUCUUAUAGAGUGCCUGUAUGAUAGACAGAGCAUAACUAAGCUCUCUUUAUAGAGUAGAGAAUCUGACGUCCCGGUUUUGCUCGAAGCAUCUUCUUGUACAAUUUGUUGUAAUAUCAAAACCGUUAGCAUAUCAUGAUAUUGCUCCAAAUAAAAUGAGAAAGCUGGUGCAAGUGUAAAAUGGUGAAAUAUUAUUAUCUUUUCUUCUUAGUUACAGGCCCAUCAGAUCACUUUGUAAGGAUCAAUUACAAGAAGAUGGGCAAACCUGCAUAAGGGUAAGAUAAGGGUAAGAAGCACCUCCCACACAGAUAAAUUAAUUCAAAACACAUGCACCAUUA